GAUGCCCUCUACAUCGUAGGUGGAGGACGUGUUAAUAACGUCAAACAAUGCAGCCUUUCGAAGCGACAGAACACCAGCAUGUCAGGUAUAAUCCGCUCAAGGACGAGUGGAUCCUGGUAUCCCCUCACCGCUGCAAGAGGCCGUGGACCGGGCAGACGGAGCAGGCGCCAGAGGAGCAGCCUCCAGAUCCCAACAAUCCGUUGAAAGCUGGAGCUACCAGAGCAAAUGGACAGAAAAAUCCGAACUACACAUCGACAUACGUGUUCCCGAAUGACUUUCCGGCUCUUCUAGAACGUGUACCAGAGCCGCCGACACCUGAUCACCCGCUGUUCCAGGCGUCGCAGGCGAAAGGGACUUGCAGAGUGAUGUGCUUCCAUCCUGACUCUACGAUGACAAUUCCCUUGAUGUCCGUUCAAGAAAUAACAGCUGUCAUAAACGAAUGGAUCAACCAGUUACAAGAGCUAGGUCGGCGUUACACAUGGGUACAAAUAUUUGAAAAUAAGGGCGCUGUUAUGGGCUGUUCCAACCCACAUCCUCAUUGUCAGAUAUGGGCUUCCAGUUUUCUUCCCAAUGAGCCAAGGAUCAAGGAGAGGUGUCAAAAAGAGUAUUACACAAAAUACGGAAAGUCACUGUUAGUGGAUUAUCGAGAGCAGGAGUUAAAACAAAAGGAACGUGUAGUUGUUCAAAAUUCGGAAUGGGUAGCAUUAGUGCCAUACUGGGCGUCCUGGCCCUAUGAAACGAUGCUACUGCCGAUAAACAAUAAACCACAGAGAAUGUCAGAUUUAAACGAAAGCCAGAAGGUGGCGCUGGCGGAAAUAAUGAAGCUAUUGUGUACGAAAUAUGAUAAUCUCUUCAACUGCAGCUUUCCUUAUAGCAUGGGGUGGCAUGGAGCACCAACAGGUCCAUCGAAGAAAGCAGGUGAUUCCCCGCACUGGCUCUUCCACGGUAUAUACUUACCACCCCUACUGCGGUCGGCUACCGUCAAAAAGUUUAUGGUGGGUUACGAAAUGUUGGCACAACCGCAACGUGAUCUCACGCCGGAACAAGCGGCUCAGAAGCUUAGAGAAUGUGACGUAGUUCAUUAUAAGAACAAAAAAUAAUAAUAUAAUUCUGUACCCGUUAUAAAUUAUUUAUAUUUAUAUUGUUUUUAUAAUAAAGUAACAAUUUUAAAACAUU